GAGAGAGCGGGAGGAGCUAGGGUCCGGAUCUGCCGGAGGACCAAGAAUCGGAGGCGUUUUCCGGCAGCGAUGUGCAAUCACGGGAAGAGUAGUAGCGGGAAGCAGCAGCAGCAGAAGAAGAGUGGGAAUUACAAAAAGGAAAAGAAGAAGACGACGAUGCUGGUAAAGUUUCAGGACCUGCCACAGUAUAUGAAGGACAACGAGUACAUAUUGGACUAUUACCGCUGCGAGUGGCCGUUAAAGGAUGUAAUCUUCAGUGUCUUCGCCUGGCACAACGAGACCCUCAACAUCUGGACGCAUUUGUUGGGGUUCUUGAUAUUCGUGGGACUAACGGUGAUGAGCUGGAGAGACCUGGGAGCUCUGCUCGGGAAUUUCUCGAGGGAUGGGGUUUCUGGGCCGUUGAUGAUGAUGAGCAUGAUGAUGAAGAUGAACCAGCUUAAUGUCUCCGACAGUGUUUUCGCUCCGAAUUCACAUUUGAAGGAAAUGUCACAGUCAUCAUUCAUUCAUGGUAGCAAGGAAGAUGGUUUUAGCACAAUUCCAAGCUGGCCUUGGUUUGUGUUUUAACUGGUGCUAUGGGCUGCUUAGUCUGCAGCUCCCUAUCCCACCUCUUUGCUUGUC